CUACAGGAACAAUGCUGAUAUGAAUUUCAAGUUAUGCAUUAUUCGACAUCUUUCUUUUUUAAAAAACUCACAUUUCUCAACACAAUCCCUAAUCAAUUCCAAGAUCAAAAACCUUGCCCAACAAGGGCAAUACAUAGAAGCACUGAAAUUAUACUCAAAAAAUCCAAACUGUCCUUUUAGUAUAACUAAAUUCACCUUCCCUUCAAUUCUCAAGGCUUGUGCUUCACUGACAAAUCUUCAAUAUGGAAAAACAAUUCAUUCGACAAUCAUUACCAUGGGUCUACAAUCUGACCCAUAUAUUGCCACUUCUCUUAUCAGUUUGUAUGUUAAAUGUGGGUCACUUCCACUUGCAGUUCAUGUGUUUGAUAAAUUGUCGGAGAGGGAGGUUUUAGCUCAAGAUAUAUCAAUUUGGAACUCUAUGAUUGAUGGGUACUUUAGAUUUGGUCAUAUUAUAGAGGGAAUACAUCAGUUUUGUCGAAUGCAAUCGUCGGGUAUAAGACCUGAUGGUUACACAUUAAGUAUUCUACUUGGGGUGUGUAGUAGUAGGGAUUUGGGAUGUAAAGAAGGAAGACAGAUUCAUGGUUAUAUCGUAAGGAACAUUGGGAAUGGUGACUCGUUCUUGGAUACUGCAAUAAUUGAUAUGUACUUGACUUGGGGUCAGUUAAAAUAUGGUUGGCGAGUGUUUGUUAUGCUGAGUAAUAAGAGCAGUGUGGUAGUGUGGAAUGUGAUGAUUGGUGGAUUUUGUGAGAAGGGCUUAUGGGAAUGUAGCUUGGAAUUGUAUUCAUUAGGGAAGAAUGAGGAUGUCAAAUUUGUGUCAACUUCGUUUUCUGGUGCUUUGACUGCUUGUGGGAAUGGUGAAGAUGAGAGUUUUGGUAUGCAGGUUCACUGUGAUGUGAUCAAAAUGGGAUUUCAAAGUGAUCCUUAUGUUUAUACUUCUCUAUUAACUAUGUAUGGCAAGUGCAAAAUGAUUGAAGCUGCAGAAGAAAUUUUUCAUCUGAUACAAGAAAAAGAGAUUGAAAUAUGGAAUGCCAUGAUAUCAGCUUACACUAAUAAUGGCUAUGCUUAUGAUGCUUUGGAAGUUUAUAAACAGAUGACAUUAAAUGCAAUCCCAUCUGAUUCUUUUUCAAUUUUGAAUAUAUUAUCAUCAAGCGGUACAAUUGGACUACAUGAUUUUGGUAGGUCAGUUCAUGCAGAAUUAGUCAAAAGACCUAUACAGAGUAAUAUUGCUUUACAAAGUGCCUUAUUAACCAUGUAUGCUAAGUGUGGGAGUUAUCCUGACGCUAAGUUGGUUUUCAGUACAAUGAAGGAAAGGGAUGUGGUUGCAUUCAGCUCUAUGAUAUCUGGUCUUUGUCAUAACAGUAAGUUUGAGGAAGCUUUGGAUUUUUUCAGAGGUAUGGAGGUAGGUUUAUUUAAACCAGAUUCUAAAAUUAUGGUAAGUGUUAUCAGUGCAUGUUCAGGACUGGAGAAUGUAGAUUUGGGCAGACAGAUCCAUGGAUUUGUUAUCAAGUGUGGAUUUCAACUGGAUUUUUUUGUGGCUAGUUCCCUGAUAGAUAUGUAUUCCAAAUGUGGUUCUGCGGAAUUUGCAGGAAAUGUAUUUUCUGAUAUGCCACAUAAAAAUCUUGUUGCUUGGAAUUCUAUGAUUUCAUGUUAUUGCCGCAAUGGUCUACCAGAACUGUCAAUUAAGUUUUUUCGUCAGAUUGUGCAGCAUGGCUUCUACCCAGAUUCUGUAUCCAUCACAAGUGUUCUCGUUGCAGUUUCAUCAAUAGCAGCACUGCUUCAAGGGAAGAUUGUUCAUGGAUAUCUAACUAGACUGAAGAUUCCAUGUGAUGUUCAAGUGGAGAAUGCAUUAAUUGACAUGUAUAUCAAGUGCGGAUUCUUAAAAUAUGCGCUGUAUAUCUUUGAAAACAUGUCUCAGAAAGACUUGGUAACAUGGAAUUCAAUGAUUGCUGGUUAUGGAUCUCAUGGAGAAUGCCUUAAAGCAGUGGAGCUUUUUGAUCAGAUGAAAAGAUCAGGGGUAAGACCUGAUGGUGUAACUUUUCUCUCCUUGCUUUCAUCUUGCAACCAUUCUGGUUCGGUAGAGUCAGGUCUGAAUCUAUUUCAAUCCAUGAAAGUGGACUACGGGAUUGAACCUAAGAUGGAGCAUUAUGUAAACAUUGUUGAUCUCCUAGGGCGUGCUGGACGCUUGGAUGAUGCCUACAGCUUUGUAAAAAGCAUGCCCAUUGAACCUGACAGGAGUGUUUGGUUGAGUUUGUUGUGUGCCUGUCGAGUUCAUCGUAGUGUGGAGCUUGGAGAACUGGCAGCACAAAGCCUACUAAAGCUGGAGCCAAGCAGAGGCAGCAAUUAUGUUCAACUGUUACAUCUGUAUGGAGAAGCUGAAAUGUGGGAUCAAGCAGCCAACUUAAGAACCUUUAUGAAAGAAAAAGGAUUGAAGAAGAACCCUGGUGGCAGUUGGAUUGAACUGAGGAACAAGGUUGAUGUUUUCUUCUCCGGAGAUUCAUCAUCGGAAAGCACUAUUGAGAUAUAUGAGACUUUAAAUAGUCUUAGAAAGAACAUGGAAAAGAAAACAUGCGAUUAUGAAAGUGUUGAAGCCUACUGAGACCCCAAAAAAUGAAUUGUGUUUUGAUAUGAAAGUGCAGAAAGCUCAUUAAGUGAGAUUUCAUGCUUGAUUUUGUCAUUGCUCCUUCCCCUACGCGAUGCAAAGCAAAGUAACUAAUAUCAUGAACUAAGAAAUAGUCAAUGCUUAAUUGCUUAUGGUUUUCAGACAGUUUUGGUAGAAAUAAAACUAU